GUCGACUUAAGAUCGGUUCUGCGUGUAAAAACUCAAUUUUUGAGAUUUUUUUUUUGUUGUUUGUCGUAAAUUCCGGAAUAUUUGACAAUAGGAUUUGAACUUACAAUUGUAGUGUACGGAGAAGUGAAGUUAAAAAAGGAAAGUCUUUCUUGUGAAUUAAAUGAUGAAUUAUUAUUGAGUGAGAAUUCAUCAAUCAAGUGACUAUAAAGGCAAAGUGUUGUGUUAAAAAAGAUAAAUAUAUAUGAAAAUUCAAAAAAGAAUCAGUGUGAGAUUGCAAAAAAAUAAGGAGUGAAAGAAGAGUGUUUAAAGUCAUUACAUCUGAUAAUCUUUUAUAGAGAAUUUUCAGUGUCAAGUGUCAGUUUUUUUCGUGUGUAAAGUGCCGACAAAAAAUAAGACUUUUUGAUAAAUUUUGUCAUCCGUUAUUCAAAAGUCUAGUGACGGGAGAAAAAUUACUUAAAGGCUUGCUUAAAUUACUUGCCAUUUAUUUAAUCCACAAAAAAAUAUUCCUUCUUCUUAUUUGAUUUCAUCUCGAAAUGCCAUACGAUUUCUGUUGUUACUGCUGAGAGGAAUAAAAAACAAAAUAAAGGGAAAGAGUCCCUCAAACAAGAGAGCAAUAUUUGAAUAAUAUAAAAAGUGUGAUAUAUUAGUGAUUAUUAAGCAAACAGUGAAAGAGCAAAUGAUAUAAUUAAAGAGGAUUUUCAUACGUCUCAAUGAUUCUUAAAUAUUCUCAUAAUUGGAUUAAAUCCCGUUUAUAAGUUUUUAUGAUUAAAAGUGUCGGAUUUAUAUCAUCAAAAAAAAAUUUAAAAAAUAUAAAAAACAAUUUUAAUGAUCACGAAGAAGGUGGAUAAUAUUUAAUAUAAAGCAAGUCUUAGUGUUGUCGUUGAGGAAUUUUUCCAACGAGGAUAAUAAACAUUAAAUAAGAAUAAAAAAGAGAAAACAUUUUUAUAAAGGAAAACAAUAAUUUCAAUCAUUUGGAUACUCUUCUCAUUUAUUUCAAUUCCUUGUUAGGCAUCACAAAAAAUAACAACAUCUUUGGAGUCACAUCGUAUCUUCAUCAAUCGCAGAUCUCUAUAAACCACAGUGGAAAAAAAGGCAUGCACACAAAAAAAUGACUACUGAAUCAUUUUAAAAUUCAAGUCCAUAAAUGUCUCGUUGAGUAAACGCAAAAGGAGAACAAGAUGAAGCUGACGAUGAUGACGAUGAUUUUUCAACUGCCGGAAACCGCAUUUUUUAGAUUAUUGACUCUUUCGUAAUUUAUUUCUGAGUGACUUUUUUACUUCAACUGCAAAUAAAAGCAUAAAGCUGAAACGAGUAGAAAUCUUGAUUGAGAUAAUUGAAGUUGAAAAUUGACGUUGGCACAGCAAGAGCAUCAACUAUAAGAAAAAUAAAGUAUAUCAGUAGAAAAUGACGUCGACAGAUGCAUCAACAAUUGAAACGAUAGGAUAUCUCGGAUGCGGUAAUAAUCGUUUAUCGCGUCUUGAAAUAGUUCAACAGCAGCAGAAUCAGCAAUUUCAUCAAGCAACGUCAUCGCCAUGUGAACAUGAAUGCAUGCAUCAUCAUCAUCAUCAUAGUAGCAAUUUUUCAUCGUCGUCUAAUGUUGUUCCUAAUGGACCAUAUACUCAUCAUCAUAACCAUUUUAACCACUUGAAUCAACACAUGCAUCCAAAUAGCUAUAUAAGCCAUCAACAUCAAACAAACCAACAACAACCACCAUCGUCACAGCAACAGCAGCAAGAUGGCAAUUUAAUAUACAACAACAGCUCCACAAACAGUGAAUGCAAUCAACCUGUUAGUCCUACUAAUGACAGCAGCCAAAGUGGAUGCAGCAAUAUGAUUCAUUAUGUUCCAACAUCAAACAUAAGUAUGGCAUCACAAACUUUAAACAUACCAAAUGUGUCAUGUGAAUGUCCCGGACAUGUACAGCAUCAUCAUCAUCAAAGGCAAUCGUCCGAGCAGCAUAGCUUACAAAGUGGACGAAGCUCACGAAUUAUAUCAUGUGACGAGAAUAAUCCAAGUGGAACGGAAGAUGGUAGUGGAAUGAGUAGUUCGGGGAUGAUUACCUCUACUUGUCGUGCAUCAAAGAGACACUUAAACAAUUUAGAUAAUAAUCAGCAGCGAUUGUGCUCCCCAAAGCGCUCAGGGACAUCAUCUCUCAAUAAUGAGACUGAAGUAAAAGGCAAUCAGGAUGACAUAAAAUAUUCAAAUGCUAUGGAUAGGUUGGAUAUUUACAGUGAUAGUACGGAGAAUGCUAUAAAAAUCGGUGAUGAUACUACAGAUGAUGAUAGGCCACCACGUUUACCACCCCGACCUCCACCAAGACCUAGGAAUACAAUGAACAGUGAAACAGUUCCCCAUCCACCAGGCGUGCGAAAGUAUGUAAUUUGGUGUCUAAUAUGCGGCGGAAUGCUAUGCUUAAUAGGAGUCAUGUUCCUUGCUGUGUACUUCCUCCUACGAUCGUACACAAGCACCGUUGGAUAUUUUGAGACCGUUCCACCAUUUGUACCAGCCACUUUGCUUCUGCUUACCGGCCUUUGCAUAAUAAGCUUGGCAAGGCGACGGAAUCGUUACAGUUAUUUGAUAAAGUUAUCAGGAGCUUGUAGUUUAGCAUCUGCACUGACUUGUGCCUUGGUAACGGUGACGACAACAGUCAUUCAUAUGAGUCGUUUGCAAGCAUUAAGAGAAUGUCAAUAUACACAGAAGACACGAACAUGCACGUGCUCCUCAACUUUGUCAGAAUCAGAUGAUUUGGAUGACAGUAGCGGAGUUCGAUUUGUAUUCGAUGCUACGACAGACUGUAGUGUAGUUCAUGGUGCUCUUUAUUCGUGUUUGAGAGCUGUUUUUGGACUGUCUGUUGCUGGCGUUUUUGUUGCUGUAUUCAGCUGUAUGCUUGUUUACCAGUUGCUAAGUCAUGAACGUAAAAAGAUGUAUUGGGAACAAUUAGAACUCAGAUGUAGAUCAUUAUAUUCAGGUCCGCCACUUCCACCACCCGGUCCGGCUAUUAUUGGCACUCCACGUAACGGUUCAUGUCGAUGCUGUGAACAAUGUCAUGCACAUCGUGCAGCUAUUCCUUACACAUGGGAUGCUGACAGUCGUUUUUGGGCAGCACAAGCUGGAAAUUUUUAUUCGCCUAACCCGGGUGAUGAGGGAAAUCGAAUAGGAACAACAGGUGGUAAUAACCAAAGAAAUCGAUCAUGGAAUUGGCCACGUAUGCCAUGGCAAAGAAAUGUCGAUCCUUCAUCACAAAAUGUUCAAGCUCAACCAACAACAACAUCACCUACUGGUCAGAGAUUUCAUCAGCCAAUUUCAAGUUCCGAUUCACAAUAUGGAUUCACAAAUGGACCAGCACCAGAGAAUGGAUCUGUAUCACAACAAAAUGGAUAUAGUGUAAUUGGACCGUAUGGCGUUUGGGGACCACCGCCACCAUACAGUGAUCCUAAUUCACCAGCUCGACGUGGUCGUUAUCAAUACAUUCACCCAAACAUGUGCCAUCAAAAUAUUAUAGAACAACAUAUCUCACCGAAUCAACCGAUUCUAGAUUGUCAUCAGCAGCAUUCAUCAUCUGCAACUGAUAGUCAUUCAGAGCAAUUUUGUACACAAGCAAAUGUACAAAAUCAACAACAAACGACACCGCAGCCACAACAACAACAACAGCCACAAAGAAAUCCAAUUAAGCGACAAGCGCAAUUUAAAAGCAAAGAAAAUUAUGAAAAUACGCCAUCAGAUAGCGACGGUGGUCCACGUGAUAGAUUUUCAAAUACACUUCCAACACGUAAAACGAAGAAGCGAGCAGAUGUUGUUGCUGCAAAUAAGAGUAUUGGCCCAAAUAAUCCGCAACAAAGAGCGAAUGUACAAAAUGUUUUCAAUAACCUUCAAGCUGACUCAAAUAAUCAGUCUGAGGUGUCGGAAAAUGAAUAUAAUGAGCCAACACAUCCGAAUACGGAGGCGUCAUCGAUGAAUCCAACGCCACAACAUGUGAAGCUGAAUAAUAAUAUAAAUAAUAAUAAUAAUAAUUCUAGUAAUAAUUCUAGCAGUAGUAGCAGUAACAAUAAUAAUAUUAUUAAUCCUAAUAAUAAUGCGAACAAUGUUCGACGAGCUAAAUUGGGAAUCGAGAAUACAGGCUUUCAACCUAUAGACGUGCUUGAGCAGGGUGAGAUUAAUGGAGAAUCGGAAGUCUAUUUUGCAGAUGUCAGUAGCUGUUGUAAUGUUUCAGUGAAAAAUGACAAUUAUUAUGAAGAUGCAAAUCAACGUCGUCCACCGAACGUUGAUAAAGCCGAUGCUGAUGAAUAUUUAUCACAACGGUUUGGCAAUCGUGAGCCAUCGACACGUAGUCGACUUCCAUUUCCGCAAAUGGUGUCAGAAGACUUUGAAAAGUCAGGAAAUAAGCAAAUGAAUACUAAUAGUAAUAAUAAUAAUAGCAACAACAAUGGUGGCAAUUUACAACCACCGGCUAUACCCGCACCACGAACAUCAAUUAUGCAAAAGGAUAUUUCACGUCAAAGCAUGUGCUCAAUUGAUUCUAGUGAGAAAACUGACUUUACAGAUCUCUCGCCAGCCACGCCAACCGCAACAUUUCAAUCAUAUCCGGUGUGUAAUAAGCAACAACCUACCGUAGAUGGCUAUCAACAUCAACAGGAGAAUUUUGUUGCAUCAUUUCCAUACAAUGAACAAAGUCAAGAAGCUCAUCGGAGGUCGACCAAAAAUCUCCAAGACAUUUUCCUCUCGAAUGAUGCGCAAUAUGAGACAAUUAAGGACUCAAAUCAGUAUGAGACGACACCAUUGACAUUGAAUUAUGAACUAAAUCAUGACAUUUCAUCAUCGUCGAUAUCGUCGAGUAGUUAUAGUAACAAUAAAUCAUCGCCAAUUCACUACUCGCAUGGCAGUACACCAACAAAAACGAUAGCGUCAACGACAAAAAGCACAAAUGCGACACCCAUCAAGAGACAAAAUCUCGGAACAAAUAUCAGCGCAAUUAUUCAAAAUCUUAGUGGUAAUGAUAUUAGUCUUUUGUAUCCAGAGAAUACAAAUAACGGCACUAAUAUGACACAGAGUCCUCUCCAUAAGCAGAAACAAGACUGUAAUGAUGUAAUUAAUAGUAACAUAGUAGUAAAUAGCGAAAAGCAAAAGGAAUGGUCCGAGAUAAAUGGAAAUGACCGACGUAUGUGAGAUGAAAUUAAUGUUUAGAUGAGCUCAUCAUCAUAAUCAUCUUUUUCCGCUCUGUCUUUGUGGCUACUCGACAUAUUCUCACUUUUGGGGAUGUUUUGUUUAUUACGUUAUGGAUAUCUUCCUCCCCACGCGUCUAAUUGUUUUAAAAUUUUGGAUGAAAAAUUAUUUGUUUAAAUUGUUCCGAAAUUUCAGACCCCCCCCCCCCCCGCCCCCUUAAAAAUAAACGUAAUAAUUAAACGAGCCCCUUUCUUCCAUGCAUAAUUAUGUGUAUGUAAAAAAAAUUCCUUCCUUAAUUUUACUGUGCAUGAAAAAGACAACAACAACAAAAAAAAAAGUUCUCAACAUAAUGAAAUUGUAUCAAAGACAAAUUAAGCAUAAUUAGAUAUGAUGGUUGGGGAAAUGGAAAGAGACAAAAAAAUUUUUUUUGGUUAAUAAAAUUAAAACUCAUCCAUUGAAGCGACGAUGGUAGAACUGAGAUGUGACAAGUGAUGAAUUAGAGGCAAAACUUUUUCUUAUUUUUUGGUAAUUUAUCCUCCAACCUCCCCCCUCAACUGUCUAUCCCCUCCAUCAAAUUAUUUCCAUUUUUAUAAACAAGGCUUUGUAAAUUGCACACAAAACGAGGACGACGACGACAACAAAAUGAUGAAUCAACUUUUAAUUACUUCAUAAUUUAGUUAAAAAUAAUUUUUGUGUCGUCAAUGAGGAGGAAUCGCUCCAUCCUAAUUUUUUUAUAUAAUUUCGGUCUAUAUGAUUUAAUAUUCAACUCAUAUCGUAAUGAUUUUUGUUGCUGACGCUUUUAUUUUGUUCGUUCAUUGCUUAUUUAAUGGCAUCAGGGAUUGGUAAAGCGGGGGUAUACUGAAAAUUAGUAUGGAAAAUUUAUCUAUCAUCAUUUAUUUUUGCUGAUGGGAUUCGACGAAUUUAAAGCAGAAGAAAGUUCUAUCACGUAUAUAUUGUGAUAUUAGAAUUAUCAUUCAAAGGGUUCAAUAAAUAAAGGGAUAUAUUAGGGAGGUAGAUUAUAAAAGGAUAAAGAAUUUCAUACCUGAAAUGGAAGAAUUUUGAUGUUGUAAGGGUUUAAAGAGAUUCAAUAGGAAGGUUUGAUGGGUGCUUUGAUUCCUUAAAAUUGGAAAAGUAAGAAUGAAAGGUUGAACUUAAUGAAUAUUUUAUGUAAAGUUAUCAUCACUUUUUAUUGAGAGAAGACUUACUAGGUUGUACGUAAAAAUGGGACUCGGUGGCAUUCUUCGUUCAACUUGCAGAUAUGCUGUUCAAAUUUAUUCGAAAAAUUCAUUUCAAGGCAUGAAAAAGUUUGUCAUCCUACAGGAACAUUAGAUUAAUUCUUAAUAAAUUUUAAAAAAUUUAAAUUUUUCCCAUGCAAGUUUGAAUAUUUUCACCCUCUUCCUCUUAGCUCUCUUUAUUUCAUCUCACAUCAGGGGCGUAUUUAGGAAUUUGAAGAGAGGGGCACAAAAAAAGCAUAUUUAGAAUUUUUUCAAAAAACCCUAGCAGAAUGAAGAAAUUUCAAUUCCGUUUGUCACAUAACCCCCCUCCCCCCACGAUCAAAAUCGCUGUCUACAUUGCCUGUCAUUUUAACACCCCUAAACUGCAUCAAAGCAUAAACGAGCCUUUCAAUAUUAUAACAAAAAUAUUUUAAUUGCAUAAAUUCAAACAAGCACUUCUCGAAAAGUCGAUAAAUUUAUGUAAAUUUAUUAUUGAAUAUUUUUUAAUUUUUAAAAUAAAUUUUUCCUGAACUUUACAAAAUGAUUGCCAAUUCAUCUCACAUCGUCAGCUAUAAUAAAUCAUGAUAAAUGUUAAAACAAAAGUUUAUAAUUAAUAAGUGGGGGCAGUUUACAAAUGACGUUCAUCAUUUAAAGUGUUUAAGAUAGGUGUGGAGCUUGGGGAGGAAAUUGAUGAAAAUUUAAGAUUUACUAUGGAUUUUUUAAAAUUAUUCCCAAACCUCCUAUCCUUAACAGAGUCCUCUUACUCCCUCGCGUAUAUUUUCCAUAAAAUAAAAAUUAAAUUAAUGAUGUACAUCAUUAAUGAACAACUCCUAAAUAGCCCACGCAUCGCAAAAUACCAAUCCCUGUAUAAUAAAAUACAUCAAAUGAGAAUAAUAAAGGCAGAUGAAAGUUGAAAGCUCAGAACAUACUAAAUCAUUUGACUCACUUUUAUUCAACGAGAUAACUUCGUAGACAAUUUAUGUAAAUUAUUUUGAAUGUUUUUUAUGUUUGUUAUUCAAUCCUUUUUCCUGUAACUUACAAGCAGUCUCUUAGUUCUUACAUGUAUAUUAUAGAAGCGAAAUGGUAAAAAAAAACAGAACCAUAAAUAAAAAAGCAUUUUUGUUAGAUGAAAAAAAAAAUAAUAAAAAUAAUAACAAUAAUGAUAAUGAGAAGAAUGAAGAAGUUGGAAUGAAUAUAAAAAAAAAGAUGAAAGAAGAAUAAGAAUAACAAGAAGAAUCCAUUAUUUAAUUUAAAUUCAUGGAAGAGAAAUGUUCAUUAAUUCUGUUACAAAGAAAUCCUUUUAUGUAAAUUGUUAAGCUCGCAAAAAUAACAAUAUACAUAAAUAUUAGUUGAGCAUGGAAAUAGUUGAAAUAAAAAAUUAUCAUUCAUUUUUUUGCUAGUUGAAUUUCAACUUUUUUUUUAUAAGUUUAUAAAGAUUUUGUCAGAAAUGUUCAACUUUUUAAUUGAAUUUUUAAACAAAAUUGAAGAAUUGUGUAAGACAGCAGGGCAAUUGGACUGUCUUGAGCGGCAUUGUCUAAGCUUAAGGUAUUGAGUUCUUUUAUUUAAAAAUUUUCAAAUUAAGAGUUCAAUCUUAAUUGCUCAUAUUGUUAUAUCUCAAAUUUAGGAAACAAAGCUAUAUU